AUGGCUGAUGUAACUCACAUUGAUUCUAUAUUUGUUUCAGGCUUUGUUGCCAUGGUGAUAGCGGCAUGUGUUGUGAACUUCCAUCGGGCUGUUGGGCUGCUGGUCAUCUCCUUGGUAACCAUUUUUUUCCUGGUCUGGGAUUGGAUGAUGGAACGAUAUGGUGAGCAAGUGUGGGAGGCUCUUGCUCCUAUCAGAGACCUUCUCAGCAGGAACUGGUGUGGGAUCAGAUGGAUAAUAUAUAUGUCAGUGCUCGUAGCCGUGGUGUGCUGGCUUGCUCUGGACACGGCCCAGCGGGGGACUAGACAGCUGGUAUCUUUCUUCGGCUUGCUGCUGUUCGUCUUCUUAACACUCCUGUUCUCCAAACACCCCUUCAGGUGGUCUUGGCAAACGCUGUUUUUUGGGACUGGGCUGCAGUUUAUCUUUGGUCUUCUCAUUCUCAGGACCACUUUUGGUUUAGGUGCACUGCGGUGGCUUGGAAACAAAGCAGAGGAGUUUAUGUCCUUCGCAGAUACCGGAUCAAAGUUUGUGUUUGGUGAAAGUUACACGGACCACUUCUUUGCCUUUAGGGUGAUGCCAAUACUUGUAUUUUUAAGCUCUGUCAUCUCCAUGCUCUACUACAUUGGCUUCAUGGCCUGGCUCAUUUGUAAGAUUGGAUUCAUAAUGCAGGUUACCAUGGGAACAUCUCCAGCAGAAUCAAUGGCUGCAGCUGGAAAUAUAUUCCUUGGACACACCGACUCACCUCUCCUGAUUCGUCCAUAUAUCAGUGAGCUAACUCUCUCAGAGAUCCAUGCUGUGAUGACAGGGGGUUUUGCCAGCAUCUCUGGUACCAUUUUGGGAGCCUUCAUCUCCUUUGGGGUUGAUGCAACGCACUUGUUGACAGCAACAGUAAUGUCUGCUCCAGCUUCUCUGGCCAUUGCCAAGAUGUUCUGGCCUGAAACUACAGUUUCAAGGUCCAAUCGACCAGUCAAAAUGGACAAGGGUGAAAGCAAGAAUUUGUUGGAGGCGGCAUCCCUUGGUGCAUCUCGUGCAAUCGCACUAGUGGCCAGCGUUUUAGCCAACAUCAUUGCCUUCAUGGCCCUGCUGGCCUUUUUUGAUGCUGUCCUCUCCUGGCUGGGAGGGAUGUUCGACUAUCCACAGCUCAGCUUCUCACUCAUCUGCUCCUACGUGUUCAUGCCUCUCUCCUUCAUGAUGGGUGUUUCCUUUGAGGACAGUUUCAUUGUUGCUGAACUGAUGGGCAUUAAGACAUUCCUUAAUGAGUUUGUGGCCUAUCAGAAGCUGUCAGAGUUGAUAAACCGGAGGAAGGCAGGGGGGCCAGAAUAUGUGAACAAUGUGAAACAAUACAUUUCUGUCCAUUCUGAAGCCAUUGCAACGUACGCUUUGUGUGGAUUUUCCAACUUUGCUUCACUGGGGAUGUCGAUUGGAGCGCUGUCUGCCAUGGCUCCAGACAGACGAUCUGAUAUCUCCAGCUGUGGCCUCAGAGCUCUGAUUGCAGGCAGCAUCUCUUGUUUCAUGACAGCUUGUAUCGCAGGUAUGUUGUACAUCCCUGAUUCUGAGUGCCCACAUUUGCUGAGUGUAGAGUUCAACAACACCAGCAUGACCAACAGCUCACAGAUGCACGCCUGCUGCACAGAACUAUAUAACAGUGUGACAGUGUAUGAGCCAUGGAACGUGACAACAGGGGACGGAUUCAGUCAGAGCAGUCUGCUGGGCUGCUGCACGCUCACGCCGUCUGAACGUUUCAACUGCAGCCUUAUGCUGUAAAUCACACACUCCAGUGCUACAGAGAUGUGCUGUUUACAGGUUAAAUCCUUUUUAGGGUGUUUUCCUUUUUUUAAGUUAAGUUUUCUUUCACACAAAAAAACGUAAAAAUGAAACAUGCCAAAAACGUCCUUUCACCCACACUUUUUGCAUUGUUUUAUAACAAUUUAAAAUAUAGUGGCUUUUUUGUCAUAAAUCCUUUUCUUACUUCUAUUACUAUAUAGUUUGAAAAUAAUACAUUUGCACUUUAAUAUUUCAAUUUUGUUUUACCUUUAUUUUGUUUCUACAUUGUAGCAAUCAUUAUGUAAACAAUCAUUUCAAACUGCUAUGAUGUGACUGAUAUUUUCUAUGUCUAAUGUGUCGUACAUGUGUUUCUAAAGCUUGUCAGUUUCUAAAUAGUGCAAAAAUUUCAUGGUACAAAAAACUAUAUCAGAGUAAUUUCCAGCACAAAAAUGAGAAAAACUUGCAAAACCUGUUUAAUUACACGCUUGACAGAGAGGAUCUAACCUCUAACAACUUGUUCCUGCCUUGCCUGGAGUGGUGAACUUUUCAGUAACGGCACACUGAUUAGCCACUAGAUGUCACUGGUGUCUUUUGGUUCCUGUUUAGCAACCUAAACGCUGAAUAUAACAGGUCAUUAUGGAGGCACACUGGUUCGACUGGCAGAUUGUCCAAGAAUCUUGCUCAUUACAGCUUUACUGAAUUGCUAAAGCACUAAAUCCCACUCUGAGAGGCACAUGGUCAUAUUUAUUUUCCUAAUGCUCUCUUAAUAAUACCUAUUUUCACAGUGAGAGACUUCCAAUGCCUUCCAAUUAAACAGAAGUAAAGCAACCAUCUCAGUACUCACACUCAGUUCCUCAAAACUGUUAAAACCAAUACCAUACAAUACAUAUAUGCCUUGUUCCCAAGCAACACUUUGUCCUAUUUGAGCA